AUGAUAAAGAAAUGUAAGAUCACGGGGGCAAAGAUAUAUACCAUGGUGCAGAUAGGCGGCGAAACGGUGAGAGUUUGCAGAUUUUCGCCGGAUUCAACGUUACUCGCGACCGCUGGAGAUAAUGGACAAGUCUGUAUCUGGGAUCUGGUUCAUCGCAAUUUAAUCAGGUGCUUUCAAAAACACGAGGGUGCCGUGCAAAGCGUGUCCUUUUCGCCAGAUUCCAGCUGGCUGAUCACCUCGUGCACAUUAGGCGUUCUAAAGCUGUUUUCCACUGCCGAGCUGAUUGAUACUUGUACGUCCAGCAAUGAGGAUGCCACCGAACUCGUCUCAAUUGACGAUGCUCAUGACAUGGGAGUGGUUUCUUGCGACUUCUCCACUUUUCAAGAAGUCACAUGUAACGAGCCAUACACUAAACUUUAUCAACUGGUCUCGUGCGGCAAUGAUCACGAUGUGAAAUUGUGGGAAAUCAUAGUGAGCCAAAAUAAAUGCGAGGCCCAACCCUCUACUGCCAUUAUACAGCUUUGCAGAGUGAUGGAAAAGCACAGCAGUGCCUUAACUUGCGUCCGUUUCAGCAAUAACGGAUUAUACAUUGCUAGCUGUGGCCUCGAUAAAACGGCAGUAAUUUGGGAGACGAGCUCAGGAAAGGUAAUGACGAUACUCUCCGGUCAUAACAGAUAUAUCGCUUGCUGCGCUUUUUCGCGCGAUGGAAACUUAUUAGCUACAGGCUCUAAUGAUAAGUCGGUAAUUGUUUGGGACUCGACAGGAAAUUUAACUGUCGAUUCGGAACUUUCAAGAAACGUUGGAACGAAAUGGUUCAUGAAUGAUCCUGAAAAGGAUACUAUGCAUGAACACAAUGUGAUGAAAAACGUCGAAACGUAUGCUAACGAAGUGCGAUUGAUUCAAAGACUGGAGGAGCACAAUGGAGCGGUGAACAGCGUUGCCUUCUAUGGAAAUAAUCUUUUAGCCUCAGCAUCCAGCGAUAAACUGGUGCGUAUGUGGAGUGUAGAAACUGAAGAGGAAGACGGAGAGGAAGUAAUUAAAAUACAAGAGAAGCCUUUCAGUCCACUCGACGCGCAUACUUAUAGCGUCAAUUACGUGGAAUUUAGUCCAUGUGGUUCCAUGCUCGCCUCUUGUUCUCUCGAUGGAACGGCUAUAGUUUGGAAUACAGAAAACGGAAGCCAAGCAAGAUCCUCGUUUGUCAAUUCCGGGACAGGUAUCCGUGUAUGCCGAUGGUCACCAGAUGGUACAAAAAUUGCUACUGCUGGUGAUGACGAGAAGACAACAUUAUGGGACGUGGAGACUAUGGAUCAGUUACAGGAAUAUUAUAGAGUUUUCGAGGGUCACGCCGACGCGAUAUCGGCCAUCGCAUUUACGCAUGAUUCCCGUUAUUUGGUGACCGCGUGCAACGAGGGUACUUGGCGUCUUUUCGAUACUCUGGAUGAGAAGAACGGUUCCGAAGCAUUGAUGGUUUGCGAUGCAAGUCACGAUCUGGGUGUUCAAGGAUGCGAUUUCAGUCCUACUACUUCAGGUUCCGCCAUAUGCACAAGAGACACAGACAUGAACCUCGAUGAGCAAAUAUAUUUACUGGCAACGUGUGGUAACGAUUCGUUGGUUAAAUUAUGGCAUAUAAUCAUAUCGAACGAGUCAUCAUCUAAUCCGGACAGUACCAGCUCAAGCAAUACCGGAACGCGUUAUAAGGAAAAAAAAUCCUUAACCGGACAUGGUGGAAAUGUAAUGUGUGUCCGUUUUUCGCCUAUCCAUGGAGAAGUCUUAGGUAGCGUCGCAACGGAUAGAACAGCUCGCAUAUGGAGUGUAUUUUCUGGAAGCUGUCUAUACGUCCUGGAAGAUCACGACAGUCUCGUCACAUCCUGCGCAUUUUCUGAGGAUACGUCACUCUUCGCUACAGGUGCGCUGGAUAAAACUGUUUUGGUUUGGAAGAUGCCUCAGCAAUUAGUAUCACAAAGUAAUUUAAUGGACAGUUUGAGAAACAAAAAAAAGAGGGUUGCAGAUUGGAAGAUGCACGAUACUUUGAAAUGGUUAAAUGAUAUUGAAUUAUCUAGACUUUCUAAGCAAGUGCUUCCUCUGGGAUUGACCGGACGACAUUUGUUGUCCAUGUCAGAGAACGAGCUCAUAUCCCGGUUGCAAAUAGAAGACGACGAAGAGGCGGUCGAAAUACUAAAGAAGCAAUUAUAUUGGCUGAAGCGUGAAGAUUGCAAUGUUACGGAGAAUAUAGAUGAAUCUGAGAUUCCUCAUGAGUUCUUAUGUCCUAUAACACACGAGAUAAUGAAAGAACCUGUGCAGUGCUCAGAUGGAUUUACUUAUGAGAGAGCAGCUAUAAACGAAUGGUUUCUGUGCGGAAAAUACACCAGUCCAAUGACGAAUGAAUCAUUGCACGACACUUCCUUCACUCCGAACUUCGCUCUCAGAAAUGCUAUACUCACUUUACUCCAUGGCGAAGGACCACAAUAAUAAUCGCACCUAUGAGAGAAAAAAAAGAGAAUAUUAUACGUGUGCACAUGUCGGCAAUUUAUUAUACAUGAUAAGCAAUUUUAUUCUGUGGUAAAUUAUUAUUAUACCUAUUCGGCGGUUUUAACAUUCAACGCAAUAACAUUCACUCUCCUUAUAAGAAUCGGAAAGAAUUCGAACUUCGCGAUCGGCAGUGGCGGACCAAUUUAUAUAAAAAUAUAAAGGACUUUGUGGUGAUGUCAUAUAAUUAAAAAUUACCACCACAAGAUACCUAAGGACAAAUACAUAAAUUAUAAUCCUUCAAUUUUACCCUGGAGAUCUUGUAUUCUCGGAAUGUAAUAUUUAAUUCAAAGUGUUUUGAAAUUGUGGAAUCAUUAGAGAUAAGAAUACAUUUUGUAUGCUAAUAAGUAAUGAACAUUAUUAACUUUGCCUAGAAGCGGUAUAUAUCUAAAAGCCGCUAUUAAAUGACUUCGAUCUUCGAUAUUGUGAAACAAUGUCCACAAAUGAAUAUUGUUGAAAGAUUCCCGAAUAUUCGAUGAUAUAUGAGCGCGUGUACUAUACAUAUAUGUAACAAAAUCCAGAUACCUGAUGCAAAGCAACAAGUACAAGUUUACGAAAAUUUAUGGACAAUCUUCGAGAUUAUGAAUAGCGGAGAAGCGCUGGUCUAAAUAUCGGAUAUUACAGAUCAAUAAGCGAACGUACAUAUACACGUACGUAUAUGUAGAUAGACAUAUCGUGAGAAUGCAUGGAUUUUAUAUAUUAGUUCUAGGCAUAAAACAGGAUUUAUAAAUCUUGCAAUUGAGUCGCACACAUCUUGCGAAUGUGACAUGUGUUUUUGUCACUCUGUUUUACUAAUCUCUCCUAUAUUGCAGACUUUUUAUAACUAAAAUAACUCGCGUUUUUUCGAAGAUUCGAAGAAUCGAAAAAGAUGCAGAAAUGUCACACAGGACAAAGAGUUUACAAGUUUCUGUAAAGAAUUUUCGAUAUCAAUAUUAAGUAGUAGAGCUAAUUUCGAGUCUAAGAUUGCAUUGACAGGGUUAACUUUUGCAGUAAAAAAAUUUAGCAUUAUUUAGGGUCAAAGAAAUAAGAGAUUUCUUUAGUUUCUUUAGAUAAUUUCUUUAGAUGCUAAAUAAUUCCUAAGAUUAUUUCAACUGCAAAGUUGCAAUUCUUUAUAUUACGAUAUUGAGACUUAAGUAAAUGAGAACGGCUGAAAAACAAAUUUUCGAUUUAGUAAUUAAUGAAAAUUUUAAACGUUAUAAAAGGCGUUUUAGAAUGAAUAACUGAUAAUAUAUAAAUAUUCUGUGCCUAAUGUAAUUAACGACGAGGAAUACUUCUUGAGAUAUCAAUUUUUUACGGCAUUACAUUUUAUUAUACAUUUUAUCGAAUAUUUAUGUCACUUUAUAUAGAAUUCGCACGUAGAAAUAUUAAAACAUAUAUAGCUUGCGUGUGAUAAAAUAGUAUGUUAUUUUUAGUCACAAACAUUAAUUAGUAUUUUAUUUAUUCGUUACAUUUUUUAAAAUAUUUAACGAAGAAAAUGUUCUCUUUCUCUCUUUCUUAACGUAUAAAUUGUUAUCGAUGACAAUUAUUGAUAUACAAAGUUGUUCAUUAUUAUUAAUUGUGAAUACUAUAGAUUUUGUUAUACACUUCCUCGAUAGGCAAUAUAAACGUAUAAUCAUUUUAUGAUCACACGGUAUUAAUUCUUACAUUAAUCUUAAGCAUUAUAAACAAAAGAAACUAUAUAUAAAAUUGUAACAGAAGCGACAAGACCAUGUAUAUUUAUACGGUCAAACGAGUAUAAAUCGUCAAUUAAUUUUUUUCGAGAGAUUAGCACCGUAGUGAUUUUCUUUAAAAUCGUCGAUUGUUUCUAAUUAAUAGCAUAUAUACACAGGUUUGUAUGUGAUUUCUACAAAUUUUUCGAUCACUCAUUAAGAACACGGUUUUAUAAUUGUAUGUCUUCAAAUUAACACUCGAAUUCAAAAAGUCUGUAUUUCUGUGAUAUAAUUGAGAAAUCGUUUGAAACUUGUGUAUCAGAAUGGUGAUGGUUUUGAUGUAAAAACGCGAUCGAUCAUGGCACGUUUAAAAUCGCAUUAUUAUCAAAGAAAGUCUGACCCAAUCGAGCUUGAGCGUGUUAAGUGAUUUUGCAGUUAUAAACAUAAUUUUUCUGUAUGGCUACAUGUAUAUAUAUACAAAUAAUAAAAUCGAUAAUGAUAAUAAUAA